UGAAUGUCGCCCCCCAUUCAGACUCCUCGUCUGCCCGUGUUUAAUCAAACGAAGACGUUGACAAAACAAAUGUAUCUUGGCACAUUUCGAUCUGUGUUUGCUUAAAAGAAACUCACUUAAAGGGACGGUGUUAUCGCUUUGUUUAUAAUUUAAUUCAAUACAAUAUUUGUUUAGUCACUCAUUCCCUUUUCCGCUCUCCCCUCUCCUUUUUUUGCCAAAGGCAUUAGCUUAUACAAAGUGAAGGAACUGUUCGCACCGGUGGGGAAACCAGAAAACGAAAGAACUCGGCAUCAGAUACCGUGUGACCAGGAGAGAAAAACUUUCCUCUUGGGGGAAAAAGAAUGUGGUAAAGAAAUAGAAAAAAAGGAACGUUUCUUCUAAAACAGGUGUGUACACUUCGGCAGAGACUCUCAGCUUUGGCGUUUCCUGAUUGGCCGGGCUCCGCAGCGCCGUCGCGAUGGACGUGAAGGACCGGCGCCACCGCUCGCUAAACAGGGGCGGCUGCGGGAAGGAGACGCACUACGCCUCCGCCUCCCUGGACGGCGAGGACUGCCGCGUGCCCACCCAGAAAUCCUACAGCUCCAGCGAGACGCUCAAGGCCUACGACCGGCACGACCCACGCCUGCACUACACCGGCUGCAUGACCGAGCUCGUCCACCGGGAGGUCAGCGAGUACUCCCGCCAAGGGAACUUCACUCUGGCGGAGCUGGGCAUCUGCGACCCGCCCUCGCACCAGAGCGCGUACUGCCCCGACCUGGGCCUGCUGCAGCGCAGCUGCUCCCUGAGCGCGGGCUCCGACGGCGACUCGGACCCCCCCGACGGCGGCAUGUCCCCCGAGCGCGCCGUCCAGCUGUGGAGCGGGUGCGGCUCCAAAUCCCGCCGCAGCUCCGGCCCGUCCAGCCGCGAGAACUCCGCCCUCACGCUCACCGACUCCGACAACGACAACAAGUCUGACGACGAGUCAGUGUUCCUUGAUGAUGAUGAUGAUGAUGAUGAUGAUGAUGAUGAUGACGAUGAUCACCCAUACAGUAACCUUCGUCUCUGUCCUCCAAACCACCACAGCCAAUCAACGCUGCGGCCUCCUCUGCCCCCGCCCCACAGUCACCCCGCCCUGUCCCACCACCAGUCCUCUGCCAACUCCCUCAACCGCAACACCCUGGCCGGCCGCCGCAACCCCGCCCACGCCCCCGUGGUCGUCCCCGGCGACGGCCCCACCACGCCCGAGUCGGUGCAGCUCCAGGACAGCUGGGCGCUCAACAGCAGCGUUCCCCUGGAGACCAGGCACUUCCUGUUUAAGACGUCCUCCGGGACCACGCCCCUCUUCAGCAGCUCGUCGCCGGGUUACCCGCUGACGUCCGGGACGGUGUACUCGCCGCCCCCCCGGCUGCUGCCCCGCAGCACCUUCUCCCGCAGCGCCUUCAAGCUGAAGAAGCCGUCCAAGUACUGCAGCUGGAAGUGCGCCGCCGUGACAGGCAUCACCGCCGCCGCCCUGCUGGCCGUCCUGCUGUCCUACUUCAUAGCCAUGAACCUGCUCGGACUCAACUGGCAGCUGAAGCCCGCCACCGGUCAUGUGAUCAGCAACGGCCUCAGCACUGGGUUACCGGGCAACAGCGACGUGGCUACAGUGCCCUCUGGAGGCAGAGUUCCCUGGCUGUUUCGGAACACCAGCAUCGACACGGGCGAGCUGGAGGUGGGUCGCCGCCUGACUCAGGACGUCCCGCCGGGCGUGUUCUGGAGGACCCUGCUGCACCUCAGCCAGCCGCAGUUCCUCAAGUUCAACAUCUCUCUGGGCAAGGACGCGCUUUUCGGGGUCUACAUCCGCAAGGGCCUGCCCCCCUCCCACGCACAGUAUGACUUCAUGGAGCGGCUGGACGGGAAGGAGAAGUGGAGCGUGGUGGAGUCGCCGCGGGAACGCCGCAGCAUCCAGACGGUGGUUCUGAACGAGGCGGUCUUCGUGCAGUACCUGGACCCGGGCACCUGGCACCUGGCCUUCUACAACGACGGGAAGAACAAGGAGCCGGUGUCCUUCAGCACCGUGGUGCUGGAUUCCGCACAAGAAUGCCCCCGGAACUGCCAUGGCAACGGAGAAUGCACGUCUGGCAUCUGUCACUGCUUCCCAGGGUUCCAUGGGGUGGACUGCUCCAAAGCGGCCUGCCCGGUGCUGUGCAGUGGAAACGGGCAGUAUGAGAAGGGCGCCUGCAUCUGCUACAGCGGCUGGAAGGGUUCGGAGUGCGACGUGCCCGCGGGCCAGUGUGUGGACCCCCAGUGCAGCGGGCACGGGACCUGCUCGGGGGGCACCUGCGCCUGCUCCCGCGGGUACAAAGGGGAGCUCUGCACCGAAGUGGACUGCCUGGACCCCUCCUGCUCCAGUAACGGGAUCUGUGUGAGCGGCGAGUGCCACUGCAAGCCGGGCUGGGCGGGGCCCCUGUGCGAGCUGCCCCGGGCCCAGUGCCCCGAUCAGUGCCACGGCCACGGCGUCUUCAUCCCCGACACGGGCGUGUGCAGCUGCGACCCCACCUGGAUGGGCCCCGACUGCUCCACGGAGGUGUGCUCGGUGGACUGCGGGACGCACGGCGUGUGCGUGGGCGGGGCCUGCCGCUGUGAGGACGGCUGGACGGGUGCGGAAUGUGGCCAGCGCAUCUGCAGCCCGCAGUGCAUCAAACACGGAACCUGCAAGGAUGGCAAGUGCGAGUGCCAGCAGGGCUGGAACGGAGAGCACUGCACCAUCGACUAUUGGGAUAAGAUUGCUGCAGAUGGAUGUCCGAACCUGUGCAAUGGGAACGGCCAGUGCAUUCUGGGACAGAACAGCUGGCACUGCCAGUGCCAGAUCGGCUGGAGGGGGCCGGGGUGCAGCGUCGCCAUGGAGACAUCCUGUUCCGACAGCAAGGACAACGAAGGGGACGGACUGACAGACUGCAUGGACCCAGACUGCUGCAUCCAGAGCCCCUGCCUGACCAAUCCGCUGUGCCGGGGGUCACGUGACCCUCUGCAGAUCAUUCAGCAGAGCCAAUCGCCAGCUCAGAAAGUGAGGUCAUUCUACGACAGGGUGAAGUUACUCGUGGGAAAGGACAGCACCCACAUCAUCCCUGCAGAUAACCCUUUUAACGCCAGCCUGGCGUCUCUCAUCAGGGGUCAGGUGCUCACCACGGACGGGACCCCCCUGGUGGGAGUGAACGUGUCCUUCGUUAAGCACCCCCGCUACGGCUACACCCUGACGCGGCAGGACGGAACGUUUGACCUGAUAGCGAACGGCGGGGCGUCUCUGACGCUGCGCUUCGACCGCGCCCCGUUCCUGAGCCAGGAGCGCACCGUGUGGCUGCCCUGGAACACCUUCGUCGCCAUGGACACGCUGGUGAUGAAGACGGAGGAGAACACCAUCCCGGGCUGCGACCUGAGCGGCUUCGUCCGGCCCGACCCCAUCGUGGUGUCCUCCCCCCUCUCGUCCUUCUUCAGCUCCAACCCCGGAGAGAAGCCCAUCAUCCCUGAGACCCAGGUUCUUCAUGAGCAGAUAGACAUCCCAGGUACCAGCCUGAGGCUGUGUUACCUCAGCUCCCGCACCUCUGGGUACAGGUCCCUGCUGAAGGUGACCAUGACCCAGGCCCUCGUGCCCCUCAGCCUGCUCAAGGUGCACCUGAUGGUGGCCGUGGAGGGUCACCUCUUCCAAAAGUGGUUCCACUCCUCGCCCAACCUGGCCUACACCUUCAUCUGGGACAAGACAGACGCCUACAACCAGAGGGUCUACGGGCUGUCUGAGGCUGUGGUGUCUGUGGGGUAUGAGUAUGAGACGUGCCCCAGUCUCAUCCUGUGGGAGAAGAGGACUGCUGUGCUGCAGGGCUAUGAACUGGACCCGUCCAACCUGGGGGGCUGGUCUCUGGACAAGCACCACAUCCUAAACGUCCGUAGUGGGAUCCUGCACAAGGGCAGCGGGGAGAACGUCUUCACCUCGCAGCAGCCGCCCGUCAUCCGGAGCAUCAUGGGAAACGGGCGUCGGCGCAGCAUCUCAUGCCCCAGCUGCAACGGGCUGGCCGACGGCAACAAGCUGCUGGCGCCGGUGGCGCUGGCCGUGGGCAUCGACGGCAGCCUCUACGUGGGCGACCUCAACUUCGUGCGCCGGGUGUACCCCUCCCUCAACACCACCGGGAUCCUGGAGCUCAGGAACAAAGAUUUUAGACACAGCAACAACCCGACGCACAAGUACUACCUGGCGGUGGACCCGGUGUCCGGCGCACUCUUCCUGUCCGACACCAACUCCCGGCGGAUCUACCGCGUGCGCUCUCUGACAGGCGCGCGGCUCCUGUCCGACAACGCGGAGGUGGUGGCCGGGACGGGCGAGCAGUGCGUGCCCUUCGACGAGGCGCGCUGCGGGGACGGGGGCAAGGCCGUGGAGGCCAUGCUGAUGAGUCCCAGAGGGAUCGCCGUGGAUAAAAACGGGCUCAUGUACUUUGUGGACGCCACCAUGAUCCGCAAGGUGGACCAGAACGGGAUCAUCUCCACCCUCCUGAGAACCAACGACCUCACAGCCGUGCGACCGCUCAGCUGCGACGCCAGCAUGGACGUCAGCCAGGUGCGUUUGGAGUGGCCCACGGACCUGGCGGUGAACCCCAUGGACAACUCUCUGUACGUCCUGGAGAACAACGUCAUCCUGCGCAUCACGGAGAACCACCAGGUGAGCAUCAUCGCCGGGCGGCCCAUGCACUGCCAGGUGCCCGGCAUCGACUACUCGCUCAGCAAGCUGGCCAUCCACUCGGCGCUGGAGAGCGCCACCGCCAUCGCCAUCUCGCACGCGGGCGUGCUGUACAUCGCCGAGACGGACGAGAAGAAGAUCAACCGCGUGCGGCAGGUGAGCACGGGCGGCGAGAUCUCCCUGCUGGCGGGCGCCGCGUCCGAGUGCGACUGCAAGAACGACGUCAACUGCAACUGCUUCGCCGGCGACGACGGCUACGCCACCGACGCCAGCCUCAACUCGCCCACCUCGCUGGCGGCGUCGCCCGACGGCACGCUCUUCAUCGCCGACCUCAACAACAUCCGCAUCCGGGCGGUGAGCGCCAACCGGCCCGCCCGCACGCCGGCCGGGCGCUACGAGGUGGCGUCGCCGCGCGACCAGGAGCUGUACGUGUUCGGCGCGGACGGGCGGCACACGCAGACCGUCAGCCUGGUCACCGGAGAGCCGCUCUACAACUUCUCCUACGGGCCGGAUGGCGAGCUGGCCGCCGCCGCCGACAGCUGCAACAACACGCUGCGCGUGCGGCGCGACGGGGCGGGGCAGGGCGGCGCCGGGGCGCUGCGGCUCGUCCUGCUGCCCGAGAACCAGGUGGUGACGCUGGCGCUGGACCCCGCCGGCGGCCUGCGCGCCGUCUCCGCCCUCAACCAGGAGGUGGCGCUGCUGAGCUACGCCGGGAACACCGGCCUGCUGGCGUCCAAGGCCGACGAGACUGGCUGGACCACCUUCUACGAAUAUGACAGCGAGGGCCGCUUGACCAACGUCAGCUACCCCACGGGAGUGGUGACCAGCCUGCACCGCGAGAUCGAGCGCUCCAUCAACAUCGACAUCGAGAGCUCCAACCGGGACGACGACGUCACCGUCGUCACCAACCUCUCGUCCGUGGAGGCGUCGUAUUCCGUGGUGCAAGACCAAGUGCGGAACAGCUACCAGCUGUGCAACAACGGCACCAUGCGGGUGAUGUACGCCAACGGCAUGGGCAUCAGCUUCCACACGGAGCCGCACGUCCUGGCCGGCUCGGUCAGCCCCACCAUCGGCCGCCGCAACAUCACGCUGCCCUCCGACAACGGCCUCAACUCCAUCGAGUGGCGACUGCGCAAGGAGCAGACCAAGGGCAAGGUCACCGUGUUCGGCAGGAAGCUGAGGGCCCACGGGAGGAACCUGCUCUCCAUCGACUUCGACCGCAACACGCGCACGGAGAAGAUCUACGACGACCACCGCAAGUUCACGCUGCGCAUCAUGUACGACGCGCAGGGCCGGCCAAUCAUGUGGCUGCCCAGCAGCAGCCUGGCGGUGGUCAACGUGUCGUACUCGCCCUCCGGCCAGCUGGUGGGGCUGCAGCGCGGCAGCAUGAGCGAGCGCACCGAGUUCGACGCCCUCGGGCGCGUCGUGUCCCGCUCCUUCGUGGACGGGAAGGUGUGGAGCUACAGCUACCUGGACAAGUCCAUGGUGUUGCUCCUGCAGACGCAGCGGCAGUACGUGUUCGAGUACGACGGGUGCGGGCGCAUCACCGCGGUGACGGUCCCCAGUGUGGCGCGCCACACCAUGUCCACGCACGUCUCCGUGGGCUACGUCCGCAACAUCUACAACCCGCCGGAGAGCAACGCCUCGGUCAUCCACGACUUCGGCGAGGACGGGCGGCCGCUGGCCACGCACUACCUGGGCACGGGCCGCCGCGUGCUCUACAAGCACGGCAAGCUGGCCAAGCUGUCCGAGGUGCUGUACGACAGCACGGCCGUCACCUUCGGCUACGACGAGACCGCCGGCGUGCUCAAGAUGGUCAGCCUGCAGAGCGGCGGCUUCUCCUGCACCAUCCGCUACCGCAAGAUGGGCCCCCUGGUGGACAAGCAGAUGUACCGCUUCUCCGAGGAGGGCAUGGUCAACGCCCGCUUCGACUACACCUACCACGACAACAGCUUCCGCAUCGCCAGCGUCAAGCCCGUCAUCAGCGAGACGCCGCUGCCCGUCGACCUCUACCGCUACGACGAGAUCUCCGGCAAGGUGGAGCACUUCGGCAAGUUCGGCGUCAUCUACUACGACAUCAACCAGAUCAUCACCACGGCGGUGAUGACGCUCAGCAAGCACUUCGACACGCACGGGCGCAUCAAGGAGGUGCAGUACGAGAUCUUCCGCUCCCUCAUGUACUGGAUGACGGUGCAGUACGACAGCAUGGGCCGGGUCAUCAAGCGCGAGCUGAAGAUCGGGCCGUACGCCAACACCACGCAGUACCGCUACGAGUACGACGGCGACGGCCAGCUGGUGGCCGUCAAGGUCAACGACUGGAUCACCUGGCGCUACAACUACGACCUCAACGGCAACCUGCACCUGCUCAACCCCGGCAGCGGCACCCGGCUGCUGCCGCUGCGCUACGACCUGCGCGACCGCAUCAACCGCCUGGGAGACGUGCAGUACCGGCUGGACGAGGACGGCUUCCUGUGCCAGCGCGGCGCCGACGUCUUCCACUACAACUCCAAGGGGCUGCUGGAGCGGGCCUACGGCCUGCCGCCGGGCGGCUGGAGCGUGCGCUACCACUACGACGGGCUGGGCCGCCGGGUGUCCAGCCGCACCGGGCUGGGCCAGCACCUGCAGUUCUUCUACGCCGACCUGAACCACCCGGCGCGGGUCACCCACGUCUACAACCACUCCAGCUCGGCCAUCAGCACGCUGUACUACGACCUGCAGGGCCACCUGUUCGCCAUGGAGGUCAGCAGCGGCGAGGAGUACUACGUGGCGUCGGACAACACCGGCACGCCGCUGGCCGUCUUCAGCAGCAACGGCCAGAUGAUCAAGCAGCUGCAGUACACGGCGUACGGCGAGGUCUACCACGACUCCAACCCCGACUUCCCGCUGGUGGUGGGCUUCCACGGCGGCCUGUACGACCCGCUCACCCGGCUGGUGCACUUCACCCAGCGCGACUACGACGUGCUGGCGGGCCGCUGGACCUCGCCCGACCACCGCCUGUGGGCCAAGAUCGGCAAGGAGCCGGCGCCCUUCAACCUGUACAGCUUCAAGAACAACAACCCGCUCAGCGACGUGCUGGACGUCAAGAACUACGUCACAGAUGUGAAGAGCUGGCUGGUGAUGUUCGGGUUCCAGCUCAGCAACAUCAUCCCCGGCUUCCCCCGCCACUCCCUCUACUUCGUGGACCCGCCCUACGAGCUGCUGGCCAGUCAGGACAGCGAGAAGGCGCAGCUGAUCACCGGGGUGCAGCAGGAGACGGAGCGGCAGAACCAGGCCUUCAUGGCGCUGGAGGGGCAGCUGCUCAACAAGGAGAGGCGGGGGAAGCGCCCCAAACCGGGCCACUGGUUCGGCACCAGCCCCCCCAUCGUGGGCCGGGGCGUGAUGCUGGCGGUGAAGGGGGGUCACGUGACGGCGCGGGUGUCCAGCGCGGCCAGCGAGGACGCCCGCAAGGUGGCGCAGGUGCUCAACGGCGCCACCCACCUGGAGGGCACGCACUACACGCUGGACGGCCGCGACUGCCACUUCUUCGUCAAGGCGGGGCCGGCGGACGCGGACCUGCUGGCGCUGGGGCUGGGGCUGACGGGCGGGCGCAAGGCGCUGGAGGGCGGGGUCAACGUGACGGUGAGCGGCCGGACGCGGCGGGCCGCCACGGUGGAGUUCCGCGCCGCGGCGCUAACGCUGAGCGUGCGCUACGGCCCCGCGGGCGAGGUGCUGGACAAGGAGCGCGCCCGCCUGCUGGAGCUGGCCCACCAGAGGGCGCUGGCGGGUGCCUGGGCCCGGGAGCAGCGCCAGGCGCAGGAGGGCAAGGAGGGGGGGCGGCUGUGGACCGAGGGCGAGCGCCAGCAGCUGGUGGCCACGGGGAGGGUGCAGGGGUACGAGGGCUACUACGUGCUCCCCGUCGAGCAGUACCCCGAACUGGCCGACAGCAGCACCAACAUCCAGUUUCUGAGACAGAACGAGAUGGGCAAGAGGUAACAGAGCCGCUUGUCCCGAAGACACUGCCCUCCGCCCCCCUGCCCCCCCCCCCC